AUGGCGGCGGACACGGUGGACAAGCUGGUCGUCUUCCUAGCGAAGAGGGAUGGUAUCGACAAGCUCGUGAAGACCUUCCAGUACGUGUCGAAGCUGGUGAACUGGCACGCCGAAGCCGCACACCCGGAGGUCGCUCGGCGCGCCAAGCAGUGGGAGGUGGCCUCUGGGCUCAGCCGCAAGGCCUUCCGCUCGGGGCGGUUCCUCACUGGCUUCAACGCCCUCCGGAGGAGCCCCGGCGCCACCACGCUGAUCCGGUCCCUCGCCGUCUUCGCCAACGCCGGCGAGAUGGUCUACUUCUUCUUCGACCACUUCUUGUGGCUGUCGCGGGUGGGCGUGAUCGACCCGGCACUGGCGCGGCGGAUGAGCUACAUCUCCGCCUUCGGGGAGUCGGUGGGCUAUGUCUUCUUCAUCCUCUCCGACCUCAUCCUCAUCCGGCAGGGGCUGGCGGAGCAGCGGCGGCGCCGCCCGGGGGAGACCGGCGAGGACGCCGCGGGGCCGGCGGCGGCGGAGGAGGAGAGGAGGAAGAUCCGGGUAGAUAGGGUGAUGCGGCUCAUGGCUAUCGCCGCCAAUCUGGCCGACCUGAUCAUCGCUCUGGCGGACAUCGAACCCAACCCCUUUUGCAACCACGCCGUCACGCUCGGCAUCAGCGGCCUCGUCUCCGCCUGGGCCGGCUGGUACAGAAACUGGCCCUCAUCCUAG